AAUCAUUGUGAACCCAUGUCCACACAGUGGAGUAAUUUCGCGGCGCAUUAUUAUUGGCAAUGCCACACUGUUGCUCUCACUAGGAAUCGAAUGGCCGAGCGUCUCCUUCUCCCAUCAUCAAUGUCUUCUCUUGGUAGCGCCGCCUCCUCUCGCCUUCUCCCUUUGGCCACCAAAGCCAGGAUUUCUCUCUCUACUCCAUCUCCUCCCUCCUUUCUCUCCUCCUCCUCCUCUUCUUCUUCUCUCAAAUGUCUCCGAUCAUCUCCCCUUCUCUCUCAUCUCUUCCUUCGCCAGAGAAGGUCGCCGUUUCCUGGGGCUACUGGCAGUUACAACACAGUGGCCUCUCCGAAGGGCUUUGCUUCCGAUCCCGAUCAACUCAAGGCUGCUAGAGAUGAUAUCAAGGACCUUCUCAAAACUGCCUUCUGCCAUCCCAUCAUGGUGCGUCUGGGAUGGCAUGAUGCAGGUACUUAUAAUAAGGACAUUGAGGAAUGGCCGCAAAGAGGGGGAGCUAAUGGAAGUCUUAGGUUUGAAGUUGAACUGAAACAUGCAGCCAAUGCCGGUCUUUUGAAUGCACUGAAACUUCUCCAGCCUAUCAAAGAGAAAUAUUCUGGUGUGACAUAUGCAGAUUUAUUUCAGUUGGCUAGUGCUACUGCAAUCGAGGAGGCUGGCGGCCCUAAAAUCCCUAUGAAGUACGGAAGAGUGGAUGUGUCAGCUCCUGAGCAAUGUCCAGAAGAAGGAAGGCUUCCGGAUGCUGGGCCCCCUACUCCUGCUUCUCAUCUGCGUGAUGUUUUCUACAGGAUGGGAUUGGAUGACAAGGAAAUAGUUGCACUCUCAGGUGCGCACACACUGGGAAGGUCCAGACCAGAACGCAGUGGUUGGGGAAAGCAGGAGACCAAGUACACGAAAGACGGACCAGGAGCACCAGGAGGGCAGUCUUGGACAGUACAAUGGCUGAAGUUUGAUAAUUCUUACUUCAAGGAUAUUAAAGAAAAAAGGGAUGAAGAUUUACUAGUUUUGCCUACUGAUGCUGUUAUUUUUGAAGAUCCAUCGUUUAAGGUAUAUGCUGAGAAAUAUGCUGAAGAUAUGGAUGCAUUUUUCAAGGACUAUGCCGAGGCCCAUGCUAAUCUUAGCAAUCUUGGAGCCAAAUUUGACCCUCCUGAGGGAAUCUCAAUAGAUGAUGGCACUGCGAAAGCUGCACCAGAGAAGUUUGUUGCUGCCAAGUACUCUUCUGGGAAGGAUUAAAAAUACCAGUGUCUUGUUUUCUUCCGCCGUUUGUUUUAAUAACACAAGAUGAAGAUAUUAUCAAAUCGUGUGAACUGACAUCUAAAACUUGGAAGUCUAAAUGAAGGUGAGGAUUGAAUUUAAACUCAAUAGUGUUGCCUAUAUGAAUUGCAGAGAGAGCUAUCAGAAGCUAUGAAGCAAAAGAUUCGGGCAGAGUAUGAAGGAUUUGGGGGAAGCCCAGAUAAGCCUCUCCAAUCAAACUAUUUCCUGAAUAUCAUGAUUGGGGUUGCGGUUCUGGCAUUUUUGGCAUCUCUUGUAGCGAUGUAAUCUUUUUGUGUGUGUAGGCGUGGAUAUAUUUCUCAAAAUGAAUUGCUAAAUGUUUCAGCUCAUUCAGCAGUUUGUAGUA